GCAAACAUCAGCACAAACGUCCCGCAAGCCACCAACUGCCUCCACUUCGCUGUUCCAGGCUACCUGCUACCCAGAGAGGGACAACAGGCGAGACUUACUUAAAAAGUUGUUCUUACCGCCCAAUAUUCUUCCAAGCCACACAGCCAGUGCCUGCCUCGAAUCAAGUCUGCGCCUGCCCAGCUUUGCAGGACCCAACUCUUCCUCUUCACAACCUCUAUCCCCUUCACGGAAAUAGCCCCCAACCUCUGGACCGGCGAAAUAGGUCGUUCGCGACAGGUCAGACGGCAGCGGCUGCCUGGGACACGGCUAGGAUACCAUCUUCGGAUCACACCCUUCGGCCUCUCUUUAUCAAUCUUCCUCCCCUCGGCAUAGUGAGUUUACACUCUGGCCUGGCCUGUUUCACUGAGCGAAAGAUCUUGUUCCAAAACCAAAGGCGGGCGUUUUCGCUUCUUGAUCACCUCCCGAUCACCAUGGCGACCGAGGCAGCCGCAGUGGGCAAGGAGAACCAGGAUCCGAACAGCUUGGUUCACGCCAAAGGUCAGCUCGGUAAUGGACCCUCUGACCAAAUUGUAGCCGACGGCUUCAAAGAUGGUGAACCUGAAGACACUGCGCCACCUGAACCACCCAAGGACCCGAAGCUGCGUCGGCGCGUCCUCCCGAACCCCAUCACAGACGCUCUGAGUCCUCAACACCUAAAGCAAGGCGUCCUGAUACCGCUCAAGACUACGCAGGAAGUUCGCCAAGACCACACAAUUGUGCAAGCGUUGAUCACACGAGCGCCAACAAAGUCCGCUAACGUCGUACUUGAGGCCCUGCGUAGCAUGCACGGCGAAAGUAAAGCUAACAACCUUACUCACCUCCGCCGAUGUGCAAAGCCAACAGACCUUCCCGCUCACCUCAAAACACAAUUCAUGAACGACAGCCCAGCGGGGCGUCAGAUCCAUACCGCCAAGUCGAAUUGGAUCUACAUCAUCGUUGGGGAGGUCAAGGAGUUCUCUAGAGACGAGCUUGUCAAGGCCUUGGCGCACGUUGAGGGCAUCGAGGAGGAGCUGUUCCUCGCUGCUAUCCCCAUACCCUUACUGGCACCGACCUCGCAGAUACAAGCGGCCAUGUGGUCGGCACAGUUUUGGCCCACUGUCUACCGCAAGAACAAUCCCCUGGGCCCCCACCCGAGUGUUUUCGCCAGAGGUAGCGACGAGAUCAAGGACUCGGCCUCACUGUGGAUGGCACUCGCUCACCAGGUAGCAGAGCAAGGCCGAGCAGCCGGCAUUGGCGAGGCGAUAGGUUGUGUGAUCGUCCAAAGAGAUGAUGAAGGCUCGUCUCUGGUAGCUCUCGCCGCAGACGCCCGUUGGCACCAGGAGCCCAACGGCCUCUCGGACGCCGGCUUGCCCAUGACACACGCGGUCCUCCGUGCUAUGAGCAUGGUAGCACAGAAGCUUGUGCGACACGAACGAAAGGGCAACGGCCUACCGCUGAAUAUUCCCAACUUGGAGUACGACGCGUUCCAGGAUCAACCCCUGAUUCCUUUGGAGCGAGCUUGCUACGAGCAGGAGCAUCCCAACAAGGACGGCUAUCUGUGCCACGCGUUGGAAAUGUACAUAACCCACGAACCUUGUGUCCAAUGCUCCAUGGGGCUUCUUCACUCGCGGAUGGGGAAGGUCGUGUUCGGCAAACACAUUGCCGGGACAGGGGGGCUAAGCUCUGAUGAUCGUCCGGACGGAGGUGGACGAGGGUUGGGACUCUUCUGGAGGCGUGAGCUCAACUGGAGCUUGCUGGCCUGGGAAUGGGAAGGCGACAGUUUGCCCGAGCUGCCGCCCAUCUCGCCAACUACUCAUGUUUAGGAUUACCACCUCCCAGGUCCGAAUGAGACUGUGCCGUCCCGCGCGGCUGGGCCCCACGACCUGUCGACCACAUCGACAGCGCGACAAGAGAAGGCACAA